AACCGUCCACUCAUCUCCAAAAGGAUUAUGUAGUUAGUUUCUGUAUUUCUUGUGGGGUCGGAAGUAAGAAAUGGCAUAAAAAAGGCGAUAUCCAAGGACAGCAAGCCGAAAGAGAAAAACACAAAAACUGUCUAGAAUUUAUUGGUUUUCACUUACCACAUUGUCCAGUUUUAAAAUGGGCUGAGUUAUGUAAAAAGGCUAAGGAUGAGAACUUACCAUUAGCUGACAAAAAGAAAAUUCAAAAAGAUGAAAUAACAAAAGCCCUCCCUAUUUUAGAGCAAGCAGUUAAAAAGCAGGAAUCCGAAGAACAGCAACAAAUUAACCAAGGAAUUACUCCGCAACAGCGAAGUUCGAUUAGUCAGAAAGUUAACCAACAAAAAACUACUCUUCUCCAAUCUCCUUUAUUGAAAACCCAACCUCAAAAAGAUGGAGCCGAAAACUUGCUGAAAAAGACUAUUACUGCUGAGGAAAUACUAACUCCUAACCCUAUUCUUUUACAGUCUCUACAAGAUGAAAAGAAAAUCAACUCUCUUUUUUAUCAGAUAAUUAAUGACCAAAAACGAAUAGAUAAAGCUAUUGAAAGAUUAAAGAAAUUACAGAAAGAAAACCAACCUAAUAGCAAUCCAUCUAGCGGAAAUAUAACUUCUCCCUAUGAUCCAACUGCUAAGAAAGGCAUUUCCUCUUGCGAGUUAGCUAGAAAAAUUGAUGUUACUCAAGCAACAGCUUGGAAUUUACUAGAAGAUAUCCGUGGAAAUCUUGACCAGUUCAACCUUGUUAAAGAAAAAUUAAAAGGUGUAGUAGAGGCAGAUGAAACCCUUGUUGGUGAUAAAACUCCUAUAUUGGGGAUGUUGGAAAAAGGCGGUUAUUUAAUCACUGAAGUUACUUCCGACACUAAACUAACUACCCUUGAACCAAUAAUCAAUAAGCAUGUUGAAAAGGGUUCCGCAAUUCAUACUGAUGAACACUAUCGACAUAGUAAUUUAUCUAAAAGGUAUAAUCAUAAAAUGGUUAAUCAUAGUGCCAAACCCAAGCAAUAUGUUAAUGGAGAAGUCACUACUAAUCGCAUAGAGGACUAUGCUAAUGAGUUCACCUUUCGCUAUAACACAAGAAACUAUACUGAAUACGAUAGAUUUGAACUAGCACUUUCAACAUUUUUGGUAGGAGUUAAAAUUCCUUGCUAUGUCCUAGAAAAUGGAACUAGAGUUUUAUCUGCCAAAGAAACUCAAGAAGUUUUAAGGAAACUUGGAGCUGGUUAUUCUAAACAAAAACCAAUAGCAACUAUGUUAGAAGAUUUAUUUGACAUUUGCUUAAAAGCAAUAAAAAAUGAGGUUAAAUUAUCACCCAAACGAAGACUAAUUGUUGAGCAACACGAAAUGUUGUUAAGAUCCUUUGCCAAAGUUGGAGUUAUUGCCCUAGUGGAUGAAGCCACUGGUUAUCAGCAAGUCCAAAAAAUUCCUGAAUUACUAAAAAUCUUAAAACUUUAUACUCUUUCAGUAAAAGUCUUUAAAUUAAUUUCUGAAAGGGAGGAGUGGUCUUUGAAACACUUAAAACUUUUAGAAAGAAACCGCUUUUUUGAAGAUGUCUGCUCAAAAACAGUAAGUAAAGAAGAGUUUGAUGAAGCAUUAAAGGUUUUGUUAAAUGCUCCGCCACGAAAAAGGAAAAAAUUAGAAGAAACUUCUUAA